UCUCUCCUAGGAUCCUUCUGUUACACAAGUGACAAGAAAUGUUCCUCCAGGGCUAGAUGAGUAUAAUCCAUUCUCUGAUUCAAGAACUCCUCCUCCAGGAAAUGUGAAAAUGCCUGAUGCACCCAGUACCCAGCCAGCAAUAAUGAAACCAACAGAAGAACCACCUGCCUACACGCAAAUUGCUAAGGAGCAUGCCUUGGCCCAGGCAGAACUGCUAAAGCGUCAGGAAGAACUGGAAAGAAAAGCAGCUGAACUAGAUCGCAGAGAAAGGGAAAUGCAGAGUCUCAGUCAGCAAGGGGGUAGAAAAAAUAACUGGCCACCUCUUCCUGAGAAUUUUCCAGUAGGUCCUUGUUUUUACCAGGAUUUUUCGGUAGACAUUCCUGUAGAAUUCCAGAAGACAGUAAAGAUUAUGUAUUAUUUGUGGAUGUUCCAUACAGUGACACUGUUUCUUAAUAUCUUUGGAUGUUUGGCCUGGUUUUACGUUGAUGCUACACGAGGGGUUGAUUUUGGAUUGAGUAUUCUCUGGUUCUUGCUUUUUACCCCUUGUUCUUUUGUGUGCUGGUACAGACCACUUUAUGGAGCUUUCAGGAGUGACAGUUCAUUCAGGUUCUUUGUGUUCUUCUUUGUAUAUAUCUGUCAGUUUGCUGUACACGUACUUCAAGCUGCAGGAUUUCAAAGAUGGGGAAACUGUGGGUGGAUUUCAUCUCUAACUGGACUUAAUAAGAGUAUUCCUGUUGGCAUUAUGAUGAUAAUCAUAGCUGCACUUUUCACAGCAUCUGCUGUUAUCUCAUUAGUUAUGUUUAAAAAGGUGCAUGGCCUCUACCGCACGACUGGUGCCAGCUUUGAGAAAGCCCAGCAGGAGUUUGCAACAGGAGUGAUGUCCAACAAAACUGUACAAACUGCUGCAGCCAACGCUGCAUCAACAGCAGCCACCAGCGCAGCCCAAAACGCGUUCAAGGGGAACCGAAUGUAGGGAAACAAAGUCAUCACUGUUCGCUUUGAUUGUACUUUGUUUUCCAGUCACUUACUGUAUUCCCUAAAAGUCUAGAUCAAAAUUCACACAGCAUGUUUGUCUCUUCUGCAGCUGUGCAUGGGUAACAUCGGAAAUGAUUGGUUAAUUUUAUUUAUAAAUUUAUUUAUUUUAAGAGGAAAACCAUUUUUUGCCCUUCUUUAGGAUGUUGCAUUCUGGAAUAAAAAAGCCUUCCAUAUUUUAUGGAGGAUAAAUAAUUUCAACAAUUGGCCUGAGAAUGAACUGUGGCAUUUAAUGAUCAAAUAAUUGUAUUAAGAAUCUGGAAGGUUUUUUAGCAGUUCACUCCAGUAUUUUUUUAACUUCAGGAAAGCACUUUGGAUCAAUUAUUUUUCUGUGUGAUAGCUGAUUUCCCAAUUUCUACUGUAAGAAGUGGGGUAGACUGAGAGUUGUAGAAAGUUAGGUUUGGCUAGUGCUUUUGCAACUUCAGCAGUUGCUGGAGGUGAAAUACAAGUAAGGUAGAGACUGUAACAUUUUUUUUUUUAGGAUAAGUCUUUUGAUAUAAACCUGUAAGUUUGCAUGAAUACUGUUGAGUUAUCUGAAUUUGUUUAAGUAGUGGUUUGGUCCAGAAUUUACCUGCACCACUUUAUAGCAUUUGUUUGUAUCUAUUUCCAUGGAGUAUUCUCUACCUGUGAGAAAUUACUAUCGUGCAUUAGCAUUCUCUGUAAUAGAAUGUGUAAUGCAGUGUACAGUUUAAGGAUGUUAACCAGUGAUUUCAAUAGCAGAGCUAAAUGAUUACGUAUUUACUGUAUUUAAUUUCAGUGUUCAUGUAUUGGGGUAAUAAUUUUGCUGGAAAAGAAACCAAUAUAGACUUUAAGAACACUAGUUCCUUGUCCACCUUCCCUCUUCUAUGUGCAGUGGGUUUUUUGUUUUAUUUGGAAUUUUUGGGGGUGUUUUUUUUGUUGGUU